AAGAGCCUGGAGACUUGGUGAUAACAACUGGUAGUGCUUCUCCAAUGCUUGGUUAAUAUUUACCUGUGGUAAAGCAACUAUUUAAGCAUUGUGGAUGACUUGGUCAUAACUUUUGCUUACAGGAGCAGAGCACAGUGACGUGCUUUGAGAGGUUUUUUGAAGACACAAGAACAACUUUUAUAUCAAGUCAAACUCUUAGGAAAGCUUCUAUUGCAGCACUCGUUUUUGUCUCAGCUUGUUGAAAAUGGCGGGCGUAAGCAAAUGCAUGAAGUACUCCAUGUUCAUCUUCAACUUUUUCUUUUGGGUGUGUGGUUGCAUUAUUUUGGGAUUCUCUAUAUGGAUACGUGUUACCGGUAGUCAGCAGGGGAUGGACAGCAGCAUGUUUGCAGGAGUUAAUCUACUAAUAGCCGUGGGUGCCAUCAUUAUGAUCCUCGGGUUCCUGGGAUGUUGCGGUGCUGCAAAGGAGAGUCGCUGCAUGCUGAUGUUGUUUUUUGUUGCGUUGCUUCUGAUCCUGAUUCUUCAGAUCAUAGGAGGUGUUUUAGGAGCAGUGAACAAAUCUAAGGUGGAAUCAGCCUUUGAACUUGCUCUAAGCAGCAUGGUGGAGUCACUGCAAAGUACUACAGGAGAACAUAAAGAGUAUCAGGAGGAGUUCCAGAAGUUCGAGAGAAAGUACAAAUGUUGUGGAUUGACAAAUGGACCUCAAGACUGGGGAGAAAAUUUUAAACCUUCUUCUAACAUCUGCCAGUGUGAACCAGAGGAGCAAUUAUCCGACCUCUGCAAAAAAUAUCAAAGCAAAUACAUCUAUAAAAAGCCUUGUGGAGAAGUGAUUAUGCAACAAAUUAAAGACAAUCUGGUCAUAAUUAUGGGGAUCGCCUUUGGACUCGCUGUUAUUGAGAUUCUUGGUUUGGUGUUUUCUAUGAGCCUCUACUGCCAGAUUGGGAGAAAAUGAAGCUGUGAAAAUGUCAGAAUGAUGUCACCACCCAAAUCAAGACCUUUCUAGAAAGAAGGCUAGAGAUUUGGCUGAGCACAUCCAGAUAAAUAUAUGCAUGUCCCAGGCAGCUGCUCUGAUGAAAACGGCAGCCCUUGUGCCCGUGGAUGCCUGACAACUUGCAAAAUGACCUCUUUAUAUUUCAUAAGACUUAAUGAUGUGAAUAUGAUUUUUUAUUUGCAAUAAACAUCUUUGUUUAUGUU